AAGCCAUACACGUCAUUAGAGCAGUCUAAUCACAUUUUAAGUAUUUGCUUAACGAUUCACUCAAUCCUUUAAAGAGAUAAUUCUCCAAGUUUUUCCCUCUUUUUCACCCUUGCGCAUCCAAUAAACUCAUUUUUCUCAGCAAAAUUUAGCGCUAAACAGUAAACACUUUCAUAGUUUUCUCAGAGGCAUUUUAUCAAACAGAAAGACGACGUAUUUCGAUGGCUGCAAGUGCGAAUAAUAAUGGCGGCCAAGAAGGAACAAACAAUGGGAAUAGCACCACAACUAACGGCGUUUCGGUUCCUGAUAACUCCGUUAUUGGUCCGACACAAGCGGCGCUUAAGCAUCCAAAUCCAUGCCUUAACGUCGAAUGGACUACCGAAGAACACUCUCUCCUUAAAGAAUUGCUUGACGAAUAUGCAGCUGACAACAAACUGCAUUGUUAUGCUAAAAUUGCGAUGCAGUUAAAAAACAAGUGUGUACGAGAUAUAGUAUUGAGAUGUAGAUGGAUGAGUUUAUGCAUAAUAACUACGUUCAACUGCUCUUUCUCUUUGUUGAAGCAGAAAAAGGAAAACGGGAAGCGAAGAAAAGAAGAUCAUAUUUCGAAGAAAAAUAAAGACAAAAAGGAAAAAGUUACAGAAUCUAUGCCAAAAUCUACUCAUGUUGCUAAUCGCACAAAUGGUCCUCCCUAUGCUCAAGCUGUUAUGUCGAUGGACAGCGAUGAUGGAAUUUCCUACCAAGCCAUUGGUGGUCCCGCUGGACAGCUUCUUGAGCAAAAUGCUCUGGCCUUGGAUCAAAUUUCUGCUAACUUUGCCGCUUUUAAGAUCCAGGAAAACAUCAACCUUUUCUUCCAGGCUCGAAACAAUAUCCUCACCAUCUUAAAUGACUUGAAUGACGCGCCAGAGGUAAUGGAUCAGAUGCCUCCGCUCCCUGUAAAGCUAAAUGAGGAGCUCGCCAACUCAAUCAUUCAGCGACCACCAUCGUUACCAAAUAAAUCAUGAGGUCCUGUUUUGUUCCUGUCUCGGGCUUUCUAGAGAUGCUGCACGUGAGUUUCCUGAAGUUGAGACCCUUUCAAUCGCUUAGAAAGCAUAAUAAACUGGCUCUUCUUGUCAAGUAGUUCAUCCAGGGAAACUUGCACCAAGUUUUUACUGGUUUUGUUCCUUUUACAGCAUUUUGUUUCUGCACUUUGUUUUUUCUGUUAACCUUAUUUGUUAUUUACCAUAUAUUUUGGUCUUCGGUGGAAUAACGUUAGGAAGUCGCUGGUUUUACCAUGUGAAUAUAUUAUGUGUAGGAAGGGUUCUAUUUUCUGUAAAUAAUUUCUUUGAUAAAUGUUAAAUAGAAAAAGUUGACACCA